CGAGACUUUAUUGCAGGUCUUGUACCUGAUCUGACAGAAUUGUGUCAAAAGAAGACUUCAAAUCGUUUGACAUUUUGUGAACAGUAUGCUCAUGCAGGUCCAAAGAGAUGCAAAAUCUCCCUCAUCUUUUUAAUUCAUCGGAUAACAUCAUACCGCCGUAAAUUGCAUUCAAUUCAAACCUUUCUCCGCCGGGCUGAAUGUGUAAAUGCCUCAUACACAAAAGAUAGCUAAAGAAGAAAAACAGCUCAUCACUUUUAAACAUCAGUCUUUUCUCUCUUUCUUCUCAUCAUCAACUCCCCUCAAGGUUGACAAUGAUGCGAUCUCCCCCUAAAAUGUAUGCUUUGGUAGCAUUGCUUUACUCCUUAAUGCCAUUAGCUACAGCUGCCAAUGUGACAUAUGAUUGGAACGUUGGCUGGGUGGAUAACGUAAAUUUGGAUGGUCAAUAUCCCAGAAGAGCGAUCGGCAUAAACGGUGUCUAUCCUCCUCCGGUCAUCAAUCUAAAUCAAUCAGAUUCAUUCACCAUCAACUUCAAAAACGCAUUCAACGAUGGAAGAUCAACAGCCCUGCAUUCUCAUGGAAUGUUCUUCAACAACACUGGCUUCUUCGAUGGUGCUGCUGCUGUCACGCAAUGUCCAAUCCCUGAUGGAGGAUCGAUUGCAUAUCAACCACUCAACUCUCCUCUCAGUCCAGCCGGUCAUCAAGCACAAUGGGGAACUUUUUGGACACACGGCCAUUAUGACGGUCAAUACGUAGACGGAUUACGAACACCUUCAAUCAUUCAUGCCGAUAAUGAACCUUACAAGUAUGACGAUGAUUUUACCAUCCUUUUAGCAGAUUGGUAUCAUCAGGAACAUCAAUAUUUGAUCCAAAACGAAUUCCUCAAUGUCAAAAACCCAACUGGAGCUGAACCUGUUCCUAAUUCUGGUUUGGUAUACUUUGCCCAUACUGCAAAAGGCUCAAAUGGUGAAUACUUACCAGGCUACAAUGAGAAUGCAACACUGUCUUUUGAGCCAGGUAAAACAUAUCGAUUGCGUUUGAUCAACAUGGCCGCUUUGUCAAUGUUCCACUUUUGGAUCGAAGGACACAAUAUGAGCAUUAUCGAAGCUGAUGGUGUGGACAUGGAAGCAUUUCCGGUAGAUGCUAUCUCUCUUUCUGUUGCUCAACGAUACUCCGUCCUGGUUACUGCAAGAAAUGAUACCACUCAAAAUUGGCCAAUCCAUGUCAAUUUGGAUCCAGGCAUGUACGAUGCAGUACCGCCUACAUUGCAACUCAAUCUCACUUCAACAAUUUCGUACAAGGAAGGUAAUCCGAUGGGAUCAGAUAGACCAACUAUCGAUUAUGAAUACUUUGAUGAUACAGCUUUAGUGCCCGUCAUUGUUGAACCGCAGCUUGCUGCUGAUGUCACAUUUGUCAAAUCUUUUGAUUUUUCAACGUACAGUAACGGAAAGAAUUAUGCUGCUUUUAAUGGAACAUCCUACGUCAGUGCACUUACUCCAACUCUAUUCACCGCAAUGAGCAUGCCAACGAAUGAGUCAAGUCUGGCGCAAGUGUACGGACCCAACUCCAAUGCAAUUGUUGUGGAUCAUUUGAAGGUGUUUGAAAUCGAGAUCAUCAAUUUGGAUACAGGUAAUCACCCUUUCCAUUUACACGGCCAUCAUUUCCAAGUAGUCCAUAAAAGUCAAGAUAUCACUUCAGAUGAUCCAACCAUCAAUCCUCCCAAAACAGAAAAUCAAGCAAAUCCAAUGCGACGUGAUACAGUUUUGAUACCCGGAGGUGGAAGUGCAUCUUUACGUAUCGUAGCUGAUAAUCCAGGAGCAUGGUUCUUGCAUUGUCAUAUCGACUUCCAUUUGACAAGUGGUUUGGCAAUGGUUGUUGUUGAAGCACCACAACAAAUUCAACAAAACUUGAACGUACCAUCUUACAUGUAUCAACAAUGUCAACAAGGAGGAUUGCCUUAUACCGGUAACGCUGGUGGUCUUCAAUCAUUGACAAACUUUGGCGCCUUGCCUGCUGGUCCUACACCGCUGACAUCCGGUUGGACUGCAAAUGCGGUUGGCACAUUCGUUGCUUGUUUGAUCACCGCUCUUCUCGGGGUUGGAACUGUUUCAUGGUACGGUUUCAGUUCCAAAGAUGAUGAUGAUGAAGAUGAGUUGUAAAUUCAAAUACCUUAUUAAUCUCUCUACUUUAUGUAUGUGAUGAGUAAAAUAAAAUGUCAUUUAUGCACAGUAAU